AUGCUGACCGAUGACCACCAAUGUGGGGAAGGCCCUUGGUCCCCAUGCAGGGGCCCCGACAGAGCCGAGACGGAAGGACCAGAUUCUCACGUAGACCCCUCCGCUUAUUUCUGCAAGCGGCUUUGCCUGGCCAAGCGGGUUUCAGGGGCCCUGCCCUACGCCCCGCUCCCUCCCGGGGAGGCGGCCCAGAGCUCGCGCCAGCGGGACGGGAAGCUGCUGGAGGUGAUCGAGCGUAAGCGGUGCGUCUGCAAGGAGAUCAAAGCUCGUCACCGCCCGGAGCGCAGCCUCUACAAACAGGAGAGCAUGCCGGUCCUGCCCAGCUGGCGGAGGAGCACCGAGAGCCGCAAAUCGGGCACGCCGCCGUGCCGCCGACAGCAGACGGUGCUUUGGGACACGGCCAUUUGAGGAAGGCAGGGGGCUGAGCCCCGAGAACGGGUGCCUUUUGGGCCAGUCGAGACCGCCUGCCGACCGGGACUCCUCUUUCGGGGAAACGAGAC